AUACAUUGUAAAUAAAGUGAAAUAAAAAAAAAAAACUAAAAAUCCCUAUACUCUGCCGUCUGGUUAAGAAAGGGGAAAUUCUGUUGUCAAGGGGAUAUUUUCUUAUUCUUGAUUUAUUGCCUUUGCUAGAGCGAGAUCGCACAAUUUGGCAACACUUGGCAGCACUGUUACGUCAAACGCUGUCAAAAGCAAAUUUUCUUCGAGCUCUGUACUGAAGAAAAUGUCGUUUAAUCCUUUCCCCAUUGGCACCCAAUUGCACGUGGAGACCUGCUUUGGCGACCACAUAACUGGCGAGGUGGUUACCUACGAGCACAGCGUGAAAAUGCUAAUAUUAAGCUGCCCGGGCAAGGAUAGCAAAGGCAAAAAGUGCCUCAAUCAGAGCAUUGUGAAUUUAGACUUUUGCAAGAACUUGAAAAUCAUACGCGAGGCCAAAACACCGGAUUCGAACCUUAACGAGCCGCCGGCUCGCCUCAAUUUGCUGCGCCUCGAUCAGCGCUUGCAGCAGUCUGUGGAGCAGCGCGAGAACUUGCUACGCAGCCGCAAUGAGCAUGCCACGCCGCGUGGCAGGCAAAUGUUCACAAUGCUCACAAAGCAUUUCGGCAGCAGCGAGCUCUCCUGGCAGGUGGACAGUAUACUGGUGCUGCAGCAGGUGACCAUAGCGCCGCCCUAUCGCACCAGCGACAUAACCGCCAAACAGAAUCUGCCCAAGCUGAUUGGCUACGUGCAGCGUCUGGUCGAGAAGUUCAACGCACAGAACGGCAACGGGGACGCGGACGUCGAAAUGGCGGCCAAAUAAACCAAAGACGGGAAUGCAUGCCGGGACGCCCACGCAAGCGACAACAACCGAAACACUUGGCAACAAAUCAUCCACACACAUACACACACGCACACCCAUUUUACACACACAUAAAUUAUAAGCACACAUAAUUUAUAUACAGUUCAGUUGCCUGGCGCUUUGUUUGUCAACAAAAACAUUUCCAAAUACACACACAAAAUUGUGUGUACUUUAUGUCCGAAA